AUGUCUGGGCAGGCAAGUGAUGUCGAACAUGUACGAGACACUGGUCAGGCCUCAGCUGCAGUACUGUGCCCGCUUUAUAGAGGAGUUGUGACUGCGUCGGAGAGAGUGCCGGAGCGAUUUACCAGAACAUCUCCAGGGAUAAGAGACUUCCGUGACGAAGGUCGAUUGAAGAAACUGGGACUGUCUUCCUUGGAGACAAGAUGGCGGAAGGAGGGAGAUUGGAUGGAGUUUUUCCAAAGUCAACAGGGAGAAGCUGUUCCGAUUAGUAAAAGGAACAUAAACGAGAAGGCCGUAGUUCCAUCCCCUAACCGCCUGUCUCUGUUCUGUGUUUCCGGGCCUGCCGUCGCAGGCUUGGCCUACCCAGACUGGGCCUACAAGCCUGACUCUAGCCCUGGGAGUCGCCAAGUCCAGCUCUGGCACUUCAUCCUGGACCUGCUGCGGAAAGAGGAAUAUCGGGAAGUCAUCGCCUGGCAGGGAGAUUACGGAGAGUUUGUCAUCAAGGACCCAGAUGAGGUGGCUCGGCUCUGGGGAAUGAGGAAAUGUAAACCGCAAAUGAACUACGACAAGCUCAGCCGAGCCCUCAGGUAUUACUACAGCAAGCAGAUUCUCCAAAAAACCAAAGGGCAGCGAUUCACGUACAAGUUUAACUUCCGGAAGGUUCUGAUGGCCAGCUGCCCACUCUGGGAUCUGCCCCUGAGUCCUCGUGUCCUGGGUAUCAUCCACUGCUGCCCCAUCAUGGAACAGGGCACUGUCCCAUCACAG